AUGGCCUCCACCAACCUCCCGCCCCCGAGGCCUCCGCCCUCCUCACCCGCUUCACCACCUUCCUCACCGCCGCCAUCCACACCGUCCUCUACCACCGCCGCCUCUACCCCCGAAACCUUUCUCACCACCCGCUCCCACAACCUCCCCAUCCACCAGUCCCGCCACCCCGCCCUCUGCGCCUGGAUCGCCGACGCCGUCGCCGCCGCCGCCGCCCAGAUCCGCUCCGCCUCCGUCCGCCGCGUCGCCCUCGUCCUCCACGCCCCACCCGCCUUGGCCGCCGCCGUCGUCGAGCGCUGGGUCUUUGACCUAGACGGCUGGCCCCGCUUCCCCGACGCCCAGGUCCAGGCCCAGGCGCACGCCCCGGACGACCCAAAGGCUGCGGAGGACAGCGUCAACUGGGUCGACGUUCAGGAGCAACUCAGGGGUGCGCUGAUGAGGGUUUCCUACGCUGCGGAAAGGCUCGGCCCCUUGCCCAAGGACUGCACCUUCACCGUUGCCGUGGAACUCAAUGACGAGGCCCCAGCACCUAUAGAGCCGAACCUUCAGCCUGCGACACGCUCACGCUCUCAACCCGGCAAGGAUGUUGGGGGAGGACCACGCCCGUCCGGUCUGUCCAAGCUGGGCCUCUCUUUCCAGCCCCAGCCAGCCGAAAUCACAGGGCAUGCCCUCGCCUAA